AUGGUGAUAGCAGCAGCAGUUGGGAGAGAAAUUUAUGGGGGAGAAGAAGAAGCGAGAAGAGAAGCUGACAGAGUGACCAACUUGGCUGGACAGCCACGAGUAAAGUUUCAACAUUAUGCUGGCUAUGUAGAACUUAGACCUCAAAAUCAAAGGGCAUUGUUCUAUUGGUUCUUUGAAGCACAAGAGGAUGCUUCUCAAAAGCCUAUUGUUCUUUGGCUCAAUGGAGGACCUGGGUGCUCGUCUAUAGCGUAUGGUGCAGCACAAGAACUUGGGCCAUUUUUAGUUAGGGGAAAUGGAACGCAGCUUAUGCUCAACCAAUAUUCUUGGAACAAAG